AUGAAUCUUGUAAUUAACCUAUCUAACAGGCGGCUAUAUUUUUUUUGCCCUUUUUCCCUACUAAGACAUGAACUCACCCCUACAUUAUAUUGUUGUGUUCUUCUCGCUAUCUGUGUUGGUUCAAACGGGUAUGAUCAUCAUCUUCACGGACAUCCUUUAGAUCCUGUGGCAGAGAGCGUUUUUAUUGCAGCACCUUUGGCUUUUGCGUAUGUACAUGUUUUUCGAUUGUCAUUCGAACUCUCUUCAUUACAUCACCCCGAUUUUGAUCUAUCACAUCCUUUUGAUGGCUUCAAGAAUCAAGAUGCAUUUGGCACACUCUCCAGUCUUCACACCCGACCCAAUAUUUGCUCCGGUUCCUGUAGUUACCCUAAUUGCUCAGCCAGCUCAGCUCUAGUCCCUAGAGCCUAUAUCUGCCUCGAUACAUGUUCUGAUUCUAGAGAUGAGGACCUUUCUUCUGACAUCAUUUAUCAUUCAUCGAAUUUUAACAAGGAGGACCUAAGAAAGAUAUGGACACCCGUAGGCCCGAUGCUAGAGGACCCGCACCCGACAGCAACAGUUAGGAGUGUCCUUGCCAGGUACCACUCCCUCCUCCUCACGAGGAACUCGGAUAGGCAGCACCUCGGCACUAAAGAGGUCACAUGCUGUCAUAUUAAGGGAUCUACACCUCACAUUUAGGCCCAAAUCAAAGUUUCAGGUAAUCGUCGGAACAUUGGUGCCGUUGUCGGGGACUUGGAGCUUAACCCUUAAUAAUGGCGGAUGAUCAACAAAAUGGUCAGACAACCACUCAACAUGAAUAUGAUGCAAGUAUAUUAAAAAGAAGUUGGAAUACAAUUUCUAUGGAUGCUAGAA